AUGGGCUGCAUGUUCUCCAAGAAGGCCCACAAGGAGGUUGAGGGGGAGGAGAGCCUCCCCCCAACCCUUGUUGUCGCUGCCGCCCGCCCGUCUCCUGCCUGCCCGUCUCCUGCCCGCGCCCCCCGGCCCCGUUCCGUCCGCGUCCCCCUGGCUGUUGAGGUGGCGCGGACGACGGAUGAAAUCUACGACCGCCAGGCCCAGGAGCGGUUUGAGGCGGAGUGCUGUCCGGGGGAGCACUCCGCCUCAAUCGCCGAGAGGAGGAGUGGCGGCGGGUCAAGCCUGCGCGCAAUCCAAGAUAUUCGUGAGGGUGCUGCCCAGAGCACCCUCACGAAUAACUCGCCUGGCAGCAUCGCACUUUUCUCCCGGUCCUCUCUUCUCGGUUCUCAAUCUCUGGUCACAGACACCAUCACCAUCACCAUUCUCAUCAUGGACGAAGCAAAGACUCUCAUCCGGACAGCAGUGCGCACCUUCUUCCCUCAUCCUAAACAGAUCAUCAUUGUCGACGCCAUCCUCAUGCACUCAGUUCUACAAAUGGACGACCUGAACAUUCUCCUAAACUCUCAGCCUAAAGACAUCCGCAGCCUGCUCAAUCCUCUGCGCACUGCACGACUCGUCCAGACACAGUCCCGGAAUGAAGCCAAGAUCGGCUCUACCAGACCUUCGUCCAGAGAAUACUACUACUGUCCCUUCCACCCUGCCAUCGACGCAAUCAAGUACAAAAUCGCAAAACUCCGCAAGAAAGUGGAGGCGAUGUACCAACAAGAUGAGACCAAACGCAAAGAUUGGCGCUGUCCCCGCUGCAAAGCAGAAUAUGAAGAACUUGACAUACUCGACAAAGUCGGAGACGAAGGCUUCUACUGUGACAGAUGCCAUGCGACAUUGGUCCAAAAUGAACAAGCUGCACUGAAAGACCGCGGCAAUCAUGAAAAGAUCAGAAAGCUGAAUGACCAGCUUAAGAAGUUUGACGACAUGAUCCUUAAGAUCGAUCGGACAGACAUUCCUGAAAACGACUUCGCCUCAGCAUGGGACCGAAAGAAAGACGUCCCCCGACCGCAGGGAAGUGGAAAAACAGACACAUCGGAACAGUACGUGCCUCUGCAGAGAGGUAACAGAUACUACGACUAUAAGAGAGGCGGCCCAGACAUGGUCGACGUCAAAAACCUCACCGUCAACUUGACUAGUGGUGAGGAACAGGAGCGUGAAGAAGCAGAAAGAAAAGAAGAGCGCAGGAAACUCCUCGCCAAACAGAAUCAACUGCCAGUGUGGUAUACAAGCAGUGCAAUCGGGGCGACCACCAAUGGGACUGCCACGGCUGCUACCACCCCAGAAGAAGAAGAUGCCGCCGAUGGAGCGGAAGAAGGAGAGGAUGACUUUGAAGACGUGGACGUCAAACCAGUCAAUGGCAUCAAGCGAGAGUAUGAAGUCGCCUUUGAAGGAGACUCUGAAGAAGAUGAAGAGUUUGAAGAUGCGGUUUAG